ACCUCCAAAAAUUGACAACAUUCGAAAAGUGAACUUUGUAAAUAAAGUUAUUUUUUAUUUAUAAAAUAUUUGUCAAUAAAAGCAACUAUAUUAAAUACAACACUUAAUAAUAAUAUACUGUGAUAAAAGGACUGCUCUGCCAGCUAUUGUUAUUGAUUGUUUUUAAGCAUAUUAUGUCAACAUUUAUGAUGGAUUAUGAAUUUAAAAUGAAAACUCAAAAUGAGAGAGUAAAAGUUGAAGAUUUAUUUGAUUAUGAAGGAUGUAAAGUAGGUAGAGGUACAUAUGGCCACGUUUAUAAAGGGAGACGAAAGGACGGUUCAGAUAAUCGAGAUUAUGCCCUAAAACAAAUUGAGGGUACUGGACUCUCAAUGUCUGCUUGUAGAGAAAUUGCUCUACUUCGAGAAUUAAAACAUUCAAAUGUAAUUAAUUUAGUUAAAGUAUUCCUGUCACACAAUGACCGCAAAGUAUGGCUUAUGUUUGAUUUUGCCGAACAUGAUUUGUGGCAUAUUAUUAAGUUUCAUAGAGCUGCCAAAGCUAACAAAAAACCAGUUAUGGUUCCCAAAGGAAUGGUGAAGUCAUUAUUGUAUCAAAUUUUAGAUGGAAUACAUUAUUUACACUCCAAUUGGGUUUUACAUCGAGAUUUAAAACCAGCAAAUAUAUUAGUUAUGGGUGAAGGACCUGAGAGAGGCAGAGUUAAAAUUGCUGAUAUGGGUUUUGCUAGGUUAUUUAAUGCCCCUUUAAAGCCACUAGCCGAUUUGGAUCCUGUCGUAGUGACUUUUUGGUAUAGAGCACCGGAACUUCUGUUGGGAGCCCGGCAUUAUACUAAAGCUAUAGAUAUAUGGGCGAUUGGUUGUAUAUUUGCUGAAUUAUUAACAUCCGAACCUAUUUUUCAUUGUAGACAGGAAGAUAUAAAAACAAGUAAUCCCUACCAUCAUGAUCAGCUUGACAGAAUAUUUAAUGUAAUGGGUUUCCCCCAUGAGAAAGAUUGGGAGGAUAUUAAGAAGAUGCCUGAGCACCCUACAUUAUUAAAAGAUUUUAAGAAAUCAAAUUAUGUAAAUUGUUCUUUAGUUAAAUAUAUGGACCGGCAUAAAAUUAAACCCGAUAGUAAAGCAUUCCAUUUGCUACAAAAAUUGUUAUUGAUGGACCCUAACAAAAGAAUAACGUCAGAACAAGCAAUGCAAGAUCCUUAUUUUGCUGAAGAUCCUUUACCAACGCAAGAUGUAUUUGCAGGUUGUCCAAUACCAUACCCCAAACGUGAAUUUCUCACCGACGAUGACCAGGAAGAAAAAUCUGAGAACAAGCAAAGGCAGAAUCAAGCACAGCCUCAACAAUCUCAGGCUCAACAAUCGCAGCAACAAACUCAACAACAACAGCAACAAUCAAAUCAACAAGAGAAUCAUCCAGCUAAAAGAGUCAGAUUGUCUGGGCCACCAGGACAUCCUGGACAGGUCAAUUCUCAGCCGAUGCAAAUGUCCCAGCAACAACAAGAAUUCCAUCAACAGCAAAUGAUGUACAGUAACAAUUCACAACAGCAACAACAAAGUUUUCAACAACGAUUUUAAAUCAACUUGGAUAUUAUACAAGUUUUAUUGUAUAAUAUUUUGUUUAUGAUUAUGUCAUGAAAGUAAGGUUGUAAAUAUAACUAAUAUUAAAUAUUGUCAAUACCAGUGGCGGCCAAUUUUGAUAAUUAUAGAAGAGACA